UCGAGACUCGAGACUCGAGACUCAAGAAUCCCCAACGCCACCGUCGUGUCUGUUGUAGGGCAAAUUGCAUUCUCCUGGCACUCGAAUCCGAAUCAAAUAUCUCGCCGCCGAUAUGUCUCAGGUUGACAACAGAAAUUCUUCAGCAGCCAAGCGUGCUAGAACCGAUGGUAGUAGAAGGGAAGAUGAUUGGACCUGCCCUAGCUGUGGAAAUGUUAAUUUUUCCUUUAGAACGACUUGCAAUAUGCGUAAUUGCACUCAGCCAAGGCCAGCGGAUCAUAAUUCAAAAUCUGCUGCUAAGCCUUUCCAAGCCCCACAAGGUUACUCAUCUGCUGCUCCCUAUGUGGGUUCUGCUGCACCCUCUUCAAUGUAUCUUGGUGUUCCACCAUAUGGUUCCUCUCUCUUCAAUGGAUCAUCUAUUCCACCCUAUGAUGUUCCAUUUUCUGGGGGAUCAGCAUAUCAUUACAACUACGGCAGCCGCCUAUCUACAGGCAGCCCCUACAGACCUCUGCAUUUGUCUGGACCAACACCUUAUUCUAGCGGAUCCAUGAUUGGAAAUGGUGGAAUGUAUGGUAUGCCCCCUAUGAUGGAACGGUAUGGCCUGGGUCUGCCCAUGGGCCCUGGUCCUAUGGGGCCAAGGCCAGGAUUCUAUCCAGAUGAUAAAUCUCAAAAGAAGGGCGCAGAUGCUACACGUGAUAAUGAUUGGACAUGCCCAAAAUGUGGAAAUAUCAACUUCUCAUUUAGAACUGUUUGCAACAUGAGGAAGUGCAAUACCCCAAAGCCUGGAUCUCAGCAGGCUGCAAAGAAUGACAAAAAUUCUAAGCAAAAAAUGCCAGAAGGUAGCUGGAAGUGUGAGAAAUGUAAUAACAUAAACUAUCCAUUCAGAACAAAGUGUAACAGACAGAACUGUGGAGCAGAUAAACCAGCCGAGUCAAAGAAGUCCCCUUCACCUGCCCCGGAUGAAAAUGAUCAGUGAGUACUAGGACAUAUUUGAGGGUUGAGAAGGUCCAGAGUUGUCAUCCAGCAUUGCUCAAUAUGGGUGUCUGAAAGUCAGUCUUGUCGUCGUCAUGUUGCAGCGGUUAUCGAGUUACUCUACCUUUUCAUGAUCUGUGUCAAGUUGUAUUAACUGGUAUGGUAUUUGUGGUCUUUGUGGAUCAUACAAUGCAUUUUGUGUCAGCCAGUACCUUCUGGCAAAGAUUUUACAGGUUGGUUCUGGUUUCUAUGAGUUAGACCCUUUACUUUUGGAAUCAACUCAUCUAUUCUGGUGGGUAUGUUACCGCGUAAGAUAUGUUACCAGUUGGCUAAAAAGGUUACUAUAGUCUGCUGUUUUUUUUUU